GUCGCAUGCAUCUUUCAGUUGGUACGGUCCGUUGCCUAGGUGCUCAUAGAAGCCACUUCUGUCCGCCACGCCUGUCCUCAGCAUUUGCUUCCCCGUCGCUGUUAUUGUCUAAAAUAGGAAUUGGAUUCGUGACUCACGGAUGAAGUACAACCACAAUGGGAGCCAUGAAGUUUGAGGAUCUGCUCAUCUUUAGCAUAUCAUUGCAGGGUGGUUUGUGUUUUAUAUGGAAUACCUUAUAGGGAGAAUUGCUGUGUGGGGACCCAGUAUAUUCUCUACUAAAGAAAUAGUUCAUCAGCCACCAAUGCAGCCUCACCAAAUUUAAUGUUGACAAUGGAUCGCGAAGAGGUUUGGACAGAGCUAGACCAGAUUUCUAUGCGGCUUCAGGAGGAUGGCUUGCCUCCAGAAGCCAGCAUGGAGGCGCGGCAGCAUCACCUGUGGCAGCUGUUGAUCAGCAGCGAGGCAAAGCUUCUGUCGGUCACCCAGGAGCUGCAGACUCUGCGUACACAGCAGGCCAAUGAAAUGAAGGAGGUAGAGAGCUAUGUUGCGCAUAUUCGAGGGCUGUUGGAAGACCGUGAGUGUUUAACUGGAGAAUAUGAAAAAGACAUUGAAGAUUUGCGACAGGAACUUCACCAGCUUAAACAACAACAAGAUGCUCAGAACAAGGAGCUGGUUGAGAUGUUGGCCCAGGAAGACUUAGGAGAGAUAGGUUUGAACAGCCCCAGUGAGCAAGUGGCUUACUUACUGGUGGAAAGGGCCACACUGCUGGAAAGGCUGGAGGCUGCUGAGAGGAAACAAGAAAACCAGACUCUCGCUGGCAACUUAAAUGCAGUCGACCACCAGGAGCAUAUACAUUUCAUGAUGGGAGGGGAUCUUAAGCAGCAGAGGGAGGAUAUGCAGAAGACCAUAGAUAGCAUGACAAAGCAGUGCUCAUCCCAGAGCCCAUGGAAGAAGCUGUUUGGCCUGCGCAGGUCUGGCCAGAGCAAACACAAUUAUACCCCUGCCCACAGUGAGGAGAUUUCCAGAGAAUGUAAUGAGCGGCAGCGGCUGGAGAGGGACCUGGAGGAGGCAUCCAGGAGGUUGGCGAUGGCUCAUCAGGACAUCCGCAGACUUACCAAUGAGCUGGAUGCAGCCAAAAACAAUAACCAGGACCUAAGUGGAUCUGAGCUUCAGGGAACUAUCCAAGAACUAGAGAACCUGAGGAAAGAAGUGGACAAACUGAAACACUGUGACAUGAUGAAGCUGCAGCAGGCCAAAGAGCAAAAUGAAAGACUGGAUACUGAGAACCGAACUCUUAGAGAGAGAGUGAGCAUUAUAGAGUCCGAGAAGAAAGAUCUCCUGGACCAGGUGGCAAAGAGGGACGCAGCCAAAGAGGAUCUUAAGGACAAGAUCAGUGGACCACAAAACAGACAAGGGGAAGAAAAGGAUCUGAUUCACAAAAGGUGUCAAGAGGCGGUGGAAGAUGGACUCGUACAGGUGAGAGAGCUGCAGCGACAACUUCAAAGGUUACGCAAGGUACAGGAAGAGCUGGAGGAGAGGAAUGAAGAGCUGGAGGCCCUGCUGGGGGAGGCCCAAAAUGCCAGCAAGGAGGAGCGGCAUCGCCAUGAGGGAGAACUGGAGGGACUGCACAGGAGGAUCAAAAUGCUUGAGGCAGACCUCAAGAAGCAAGAUGCCCAAGACAAAAUGUUGAAGAAUGGAGAGGAGAAUAAAACCACUGAAUCCUACCUACAAUUGCACUUAAGGGACAGCACCCAGGAGAGGCUGGCUCUGUUAGAAGCCCGUCUGACUGAGGAGAAGGACUGGAGAAAACAGCUGGAGUUAGAUCUCAGUGCUGCUCAGGCUGCCCUCAAAAAAGAUAAAGAGGCUUUGCAGAUUGGUGAGCGAGAGCUUAAGAAAUUGAGACUUGAGGUCAGCGGUCUUCAGACAGAAUGUCAACAGGGGAAAACACUGAUCAAGAGCCUCACCCAAGUCAAGGGGGAAAAGGCAGUUUUAGAGGAAAAGGUGGCCCAGAUGGAGCGUGCCCACAGCAGACUUCAGAGUGAGCUGGAAUGCUAUAAAGACUGUAGCCAGACCCAGAAGGGCCAGAGGGAAAACAGGCUUCAGGUUGAACGGCUGCAGGAACAAACUGACAGUCUAACUACUGAACUCAGCAGCCUCCAGAAAGCACACAAUACCCUGAGGGAUGAAAUGGCUUCUGAACGGCUACAGAGUGCUGAGCUUCAGGCCAAGCUAAGCUCUGCUGUUGAGGAGAAGUUGUCAGCUGAGGGGCAAAGAGAGAGACUAGAGCUUGAGAUACAGCGCCUCAGUAAGCAGCUCCUGUGGCUUCAAGAACAGCUAUCCUCAACAAAAGAAGCACUUAGUCGCAGCCAAAAGUCUGAACUGCACACAGCUCAGAUAGAAUCUAGGCUUAGUCCAUUGGAGAAGACCAAGGAUGAGGAUGCAGCUCAGCUUUUAUCUUUGAAGCAGGAUCAUUUGCUGAAUAAGCUGGAGGAAGAGCAGCAGCUAGCCUCUCAGCAGCAAGUUAUGCUUCAAGCUCAGGUCAAUGAAGCCUAUUCACGUAUCAAGUCUCAAGAUUUAGUGUUGAGCCAGAAGGCAGAGGAGGUUAAACAGAUGAAGCAAGAUCUGCAGAGGGCCCAGGGCCUGUUUACCUCAGCCGAGAGAGAGUUGCGCUAUGAAAAGGAGAAGAACAUGGACCUGAAGAGACACAACACUCUGCUGGACCAAGAAAAACUCAAGCUUUGUGCAGAACUGAAGCAGGCCCAGACCAAGUUUGUCCAAGUGGAGCAGAAAGCCCACUCUCAGGCAGCCGAGUGUGAACAUCAGCAGCAGAAAAUCAGGGAUUUAGAGCUGGAGCUGGCACGUAGCUGCACAAACCGGAGCGCCACCUCUACUUUGCAAGAAGACCUUCAGGCUGAGAGAGCACGGCUCAUUGCUGCUGACAAGAAGGUGUUGGAGUUGCAGCAGCAGCUAAAGAAUGCUCAGCACCAGCUGCGUAUGGAGGAAGCUCGGGCCGGCGAGAGCAGCCGUCUGGAGAGGGACAGCAGGGAUCUGUCUGACACCUUGUCAGCCCUCAGAGCCCAGCAGCAGGAGGAGCACAUCACCAGGAAGCUGUUAGAGCAGCGUGAAGAGGAUCUGCAGCAGCAGGUGCGCUCUCUAAGGCUGAAGGAGGCCUCCCUCACCAGGACAAACACAGAACUCAGCCACCGUGUCCAACAGCUGGAAGCUCGUCUGUCCAUCCUGGAAGCUGAGCUAAGCAAGACAAGAGAGGAGGCAAAAGAAAGUCAAAAGUCAAGCCACAGAUUGCAGGAGGAGCUGGUGGUUAGUCAGCAGGAGUGUGAAAGAUUGCAGGUAGAACUGCAGCAAGUUCUCUGCCAACUUGAUGCACAUGUCAGGAAGUACAAUGAAAAGCAGAGUCAGCACAAGACCAAGCUGCGUCAAGCCAAGCAGGUGUAUCUUAAGACGACUGCGCAGAAGGACUCAACCAUUCAGAAACUGGAGAACGACCUGGCACUGGCCUCCAGUCUUUCACAGAAGGAGAAGGAAAGGAUCCAUACAGUGAUGGUAGAAAAUGAGAAGCUGCUGGAGGAGAAGAGAGAACUGUUGCAAAAAAUAAGUGAGGCAGAGGAAAUGGGAAGCAGAGGCAUGAGGACUGCAUCAACAGUCCAACACAGGGUCAAUGUCUUAGAAGUGGAAAACAGACAACUCGAGGACAGAACAAUGAAGCUCUCCAAUCAAGUCAGUUCACUAGAGCGUGCUUUGAGGAAUGCUGAGUCAUUCUACAGCCUGGAGACUGCCAAGAAAGUGCUCCCCUCUGAUAGCCUGACUGACAGCAUCCUACAUGCACCUCCUCUAAGUCUGACGUCAGGCUCUUGUGAGCAUGUCAGCAUCCUGGAUGCGAUCUGUCGUGCAAAGGUGAGCAAGCAUGCUGUGUUGGAUGGCACAAGGACAACUGUCUCCACACAUCAUCCAUCUGAGCAAGGAUACCUGAAUCUUGCCUCCCCACUAGUUCCUCCAGCCUCCACCAAAGCUACAGAGGAGAACUCUUAUAACAGUGACCAGGUAUGAGAAGUCAUACAGCAUGGUGCGGCCAUUGCAAGAGAAGUGCUUCAAGUCCAAGUAUUAUGCAGCACCAUGCCCUCUGCCAUUUCUGAUGCAGACAAAAAUCGCACAAAUAAUAAACACAAAUAAUGAUUUAAAAAAUUGGAUGCAAAUAAUCCUUGUUAAAAGACUAAUAAUGACAGAGCUUCCACUACAGUUUUUCUCAGGGUUGGAUUCUUGUUUCGCUUGCCAGUACUGUAGUUUAACCCAAGUCUGAACUGAGAGGGAAUAUUUGGGGAUUUAAAGAAAAAUUAAAGAAAAGAAAAAAAGAAAAAGGUCGUGCAAGUGUCAAUCAUAUGUUUUUGUAACAUUUUAUGAACAAUAAUAAAAUAUUUGUAUUUAGGAGCUAAACAAUGGUACAAUCAUGUUAAAAUGCACAAUAGUGUGGACAUGCCAGGGAACCUAGUUGCAAGCAUUUGCACACCAAAGUUAACCAGUAGGCUCGAAAGUUUCUUUUCACUCAUGGGAAAGACUGAUACUGUUUAAGACAAGGUACAUAAAAAGAUAUUAUCCUUCACAUCAGUGUGAUGAAUGUCAAAGACAUUUCAUAUUUUAAAGAAUAUAAUUUAUUGAAGCACUUUAUAAGAAGACUUAUUUGUGUUUACAGAAAUUUUAGCUGUGGGAUGCAGUAAUGGGAUAUGAGUGAUGUACAUUUUUUGUGGUUAAAUUGAAUCUUAUUGGUAUUUUAAUGCCUUACAAUACCUAAGUUGUCAUAGUUAAUGGCUUUAUUGUGUCAAAGUCAUAUCACAAGUUUACACAAUCAUGUUGAUAUCUUGUGUCACAUGGAUGUUGAUGGACCCGUUUUCUGAUUAAUAAGAGACUCAGGUGUUCUCUGAUGUCUUGCCUCGAUCUCCAUUCUGACCUACAGUAGGUCACCCUCAUAUCUCACAAGUUGUAGCCAUUUCAUUAUAGUCAGUUUAAGGUAUGCAAAUAUUGAGAAAAGCCUAAGCAUGGUACAGAAGCAGACUGCAUUUAAAAUAUUUUCUGUCCAGUUUUUCCACAAUAACAUGGUUUUAUUUCUUUUUAUUUUAAAUACAGAAAACACACAAUUUUUUCAAUUGAAAACAUUCUCAAUUCUGAAAAGUAGAAGUAAAUUAUUUUUUAUAAAAAAUUUCAGUUCAGUGAGGAAGAAAAUAACAUUUACUAAUUAUUUAACUAUUAUUAUUAAUGUCUCAUUAAUUAUGAAAAACUGAACAUACUUCUUUUGAUAAAAUUGUCAUUAAGAAAAAAUAUCUUUUAAAAAAAGUUAAUACAGUAUGCUUCCAUAGCAUUCACUUUUUCUCUUGCUUUGUUUUUCUUAUGGUGUGAAUUUUUAUUCUAAUUUUUUCCUUUUGCAGCGACACCAAAACAAGCACUUGUACUGUAAUGUUCAUCAGCAAUGAGAUGUGAGUGCUGUGUACGUGGCAUUAAAAGCACAGCUAGUUGUGACAAGACUGAAUCAUCUUAUUUAGCUUCUUAUCAAUCCAAGUUACAGAUGUAUAAAGAAUAUGAUAAAAAGGGCAAAUCAUUGGCAUUUAUUUGAGAAUAUUCCCAUCACAAUUAGUAGAAGACAUUAGAUUUGACAGUGCCUUAAUCUGAAGAAACUUAAUGGGACAGUCAACUCAUAAUCUGUUCCAAGGCCAUGCAUGGGCUAUUUCUUAUUUCUUAAUAGAGAUUUUUUUAAAGAUGUAGGCAGUGUAAGGGUGUGGCUGCAGGUCUUUCAGUGAAACACUAGUGUUACUAAAUGAUUGGAUAAAUUCUGGAUGAAUUCUAGAGUGUAUAGGGAUAACCUGUUCAUAUUCAGCCAAAUGCAUUUCACUUAGUGAGGGCAAAACUAACAGUAGAAAAGUCCAUGGUCUGGCUACAUUCUAGCUUGAAAUAGAGUCAUAAGAGCUGUAAUACCUAAUACUUCCUCUGUAUGAAUACAGUUUAUAGUAUAAUUAUGUGAAUAUGUUUUUAUAUAUUUAAAAACAAGUGCAUCUGUGUCAAACUAUUUUCUUUAUGUCACUGUAAACCACUAUUAUUUUGUACUAAUAAUAACUAUAUACAGAGGGAUUGGUUACCGUCUCCAGUGUGCCUGAUAUGAAGUGUUUCACUUUAUCGUGCUGCUGCAGGAAUACUUCAACACGAGCCUGUUUGAAAAAGCGUUGGGAACUGACACAUGACUGAAAAAUUUACUUUGGUUGUAUUUGUAUAAGAACACUUUAAAAAUAA